AUGACUGCCAUCAAAUCGUCAUUGCCUGCUGUGCCAGGCCCCUAUCUUGCCCCAUUCACGCCGACCGCUCGCGUCAAUAUCAAGUUUUUGGAAAAUCUGGGCCACGCCAAAGACAAAGAUAGUUUCGUUUGGAAGGUCGAGAUUGAAGACAGGGGCACUUUCGCGCUCAAGGUCACGUUGAGGGAUAGCUGGGCCGAGUAUUUAGCGCGCCCGCUCCAGACGUCUCAAUUGUAUUACGACUAUCUUUCCCCGUUCAAUGCCGAGUGGCGUGCAUAUGGUCGACUCAAACAGGAUAAUCGGGAGGACCUCGCUGUCAAGGCAUUCGGAUACCUUGACCUGACCCCCGAGCAAGAAUACGACCGAGACCAGCCCAUCAAGGCCAUUGUCAAGGAGCUUGUGGUGGACGAAGAUGGAGGCAGCGCUGUAGGGUUCACUCCUAACGACAUCUCCCAGAUGUGGGAGGAUCUGCAAGGUUUACAGCGACUGGGGAUCUUGGUUCGAGAUAUUCACCUGCGCAACUAUGUCGCCGGAAAGCUUUUCGACUUUGGCAGGGCCUGGACCAUGUUUCAUCCAUGCCUUGAUCAGAUUCACCCGUACUACUUGAAGAGGGAGUGGGAAGGAGAUCUCUUUGCGUUUCAGGAGCUGUUGAUUGACUACUGGUACAACAAGGAAGUGACCACGGAGCUAGAGUGGCCGAAGGGACCUCGCCCGUGA